UCCCACUCACAAUUCUCGGAAAUCACAUUUCUCUAUCUCACUAAAAUGAAAAAGCAACAAGUUUUCAUCUUUUCAAUAUAAAAUUGACGAAUAACCCUAAUUCCUCACCUAAUUCAUUAUUGUCUUUGAUUGAUCAUCCCCAUUUCUCUCUGAUUGACCUUCGUGGAGAGACGAAUAUUAAAGAAGCAAAAGAAUGGUGUCGGCAAACAGAGAAAUGGUGGUCUACUGCUUCGAUACUCUCGUUUCUCACUACAACAAUGAACAACCUCCUCCAGCUGCUUUCGAUGAUGGUCAACACCCAUUAUUUGUCACCUGGAAGAAGCUGAUUAAUGGUGGUGAACCUCGUCUGAGGGGAUGCAUUGGAACACUUGAAGAUCGUUACUUGAUCACUGGCUUUAAAGAUUAUGCAUUAACAAGUGCUUUGAGGGACCCAAGGUUUCCUCCCAUACAGCCUAAAGAGUUGCCUUAUCUAGAAUGCACGGUGUCUAUUCUUGCUAAUUAUGAAUAUAAUCUCCAAUACAAUGAUUGGGAGGUCGGUAAGCAUGGCAUAAUUAUUGAGUUCACUGAUCCUAACAAUAAUAGCCGGCGAAGUGCUACUUAUCUGCCUGAGGUUGCUGCUCAUGAAGGAUGGAGUAACAUCGAGGCAAUUGAUUCACUUAUGAGGAAAUCUGGCUACAAGGGAAGCAUAACCGAAUCCCUAAGGAAGUGUAUAAAACUGACACGCUACCAGAGCACUCUAUUUACUAUGCAUUAUAGCGAAUAUGUAUCUUAUGUCAAGACAACACGAGGCAGUCCACCGACCAUCAAUGGAUUGAAGAAUGGAAGCAGUUGAGAUUUUAUCCAAACAUCUUCUUUCUUUCCCUCAUUUUGAAUCAAGAAAGAAAGAAAAAUCUGUUAGUUAUUUCUCUAGAGAUAAACCAUCAAAUUCAUUUGAAAUUUGAAAGAGUAUAAGCAAAAAAAGUGUUGUUACUAGACAUUUUGUGCUUUGCUUAUUGCUUUUUAUCUAAAUUAUUGCUGCUCCUGUUGUGUGUAUGAAUUAUUCAAGCACUUGUAGUAAUGUUGUAUUGUAUUAAUCGAAUGAAGCGUAUGAUUGCUUAUUUAGUUU